CUGUGUACUCCUGUGUCAUAGCUAACUCCUGUGUCAUAGCUAACUCCUGUGUCAUGGCUAACUCCUGUGUCAUAGCUAACUCCUGUGUACUCCUGUGUCAUAGCUAACUCCUGUGUCAUGGCUAACUCCUGUGUCAUAGCUAACUCCUGUGUCAUGGCUAACUCAUGUGUCAUAGCUAACUCCUGUGUACUCCUGUGUCAUAGCUAACUCCUGUGUCAUGGCUAACUCCUGUGUCAUGGCUAACUCCUGUGUGAUAGCUAACUCCUGUGUCAUAGCUAACUCCUGUGUCAUGGCUAACUCCUGUGUCAUAGCUAACUCCUGUGUCAUUUCAGAUCCUCCCACUCUGCCCCCUCGGCUGGUUGUCCACACCCAUCUCACCUGCAGCACAUCCCCUCAUCAGUCCCUCACUAUUUAAGCCCUUCCACGUGCACUUGUUCCCCACCAGAUGGUCUUGUGUGUUACAGCCGAGCUCUCCAGCGUUAUUCGCGAGCAAGUAAAAGCUCAACUGUGAGGCCCAACAAACACAAGACAAACUACGCAUGCAAGCCGACCUGCAGGUGAGCAGUUCAGCCGCUUCCCCCGCGUCCUUCCUCACACUCCGGGCGGAUCGUCUACGGAGGGAGCGAAGUUGCCUGUGGGGGUUUGGGAUCCGCGUCCGGGACGCGGUCCCGCAUCGCGUCCGGAUCUAUGAAGGCGGGCGAGACGGUGAUCUGAAUGGUUCACUAUCAGAGGCUUGUAAACUGGACAUGUGUCAGUGAGACAGUAACCUGAGACCCCAUCCUGAGGGAACACCAGGAUGCGUCCCAUUUACUCGCAGCCUUUCGGCAGCCGGUGGAACCCUGCCACUGCGGCCUUGCUGCUCUCCCUGUGUCUUGGCGUCCCUCCCUCUGUGGCUACUUGCCCACCCUGCUGCCUUUGUGCCAGUGAUAUCAUUUCCUGCAGCAGGAGCAAUCUGUCCACGCUGCCCUCUGCUCUCCCGGGCUAUGCCACACGGUUGGACCUGAGCCACAAUGCCCUCACUGUCCUGCCCAUGGACUGGAUUCCCCGGCCGUUUGACCGGCUUGCUACGCUGAUUCUCAGCCGCAACUCCAUCAGCCGGAUCGAGCAGGAUGCCUUCACUGUGACCCCACACCUCCUCCACCUGGACCUCUCUUCCAACCGACUAACAGCCCUGAACACGUCCAUCUUCGCCGGGUUGGAGGAACUGAAAGAGCUGCUGCUGUUUGGCAACCAGAUCGUCCAGAUUAACCCAGGGGCCUUCAGCGAUGUAUACAGCCUGCAGAGGCUCUACCUCUCCGGGAACAGACUGACGGCUUUCCCUUUGGGGCUUUAUUGGGAACCUGGAGGGCCUCGUAAUCUGACCUUUCUCGAUCUGUCAUACAAUAGGCUUUCCGAAGUGCCUGUCCAGAGGCUGCUGUCUCUCACCCGUCAUGGUGGGAUUUAUUUGCAGGGAAACCCUUUGGUCUGUGACUGCGCUUUAUUCGCGUUGCUGGAGUACUGGAUGUGGAAACAGUAUCGCCCACUGGUGGAUUUCAGAGGUGAAUACCCUUGUAGAGACGGUUCAGGACCGGUAUCUGAAUGCAGCCAGGAGGCAGUGUCAGAUAUGCCCCUUAAGGCACAGACUUACCAAGUGGAGCCUGGUAAAAGCCUUAGAGUGCCAUGUACAGGGUUGGCCUCUCACAGACAGGAGGCUGUGUUCUGGGUUACCCCAGGGGCUGUGGUGAAUUCAUCCACCAAUGAUCCGAGUGCUAACCUAAUAGUUUCCCCCAAUGGCACCCUAGAAAUACGGGGUGCCCUGAUGGAGGAUUCUGGCAUGUACGUGUGUGUCGCAGCCCGCGGGCGCCACUAUGACCCCAGCGAGUCUCUGGAGGCCAAUGUGGUGGUCGGAAACCUCAGCACAUCCUCCGCCAGCGGCUCGGCACGCGGCAGCGGUGCUGAGCAUUUCAACACAGCGUUCACCACCCUGGCCUCCUGUGUGGUCAGCAUCAUUCUAGUGCUACUCUACCUCUACCUAACCCCCUGCCGAUGCCGGGGAAACCGGGGUGGGGGAUCGAGAGGGUGUGGCGGGCGAGCCUUCAUCCUCUGCUCAGACCCCAGAGAGGUAGAGUCAGGACAGCGGCGGUCAAACGGAAAAAGGGUGGCGUUCCUAGAGCCUCAGGCCGAGGACUGUGAUAUUGGUGGUCCAAAGACACCAGCAAUGAAUUUGGGUCACGUAACCACAGAGGGAAUUCUCAAAAAUGGAAGUAGGACAGUGGGACAGACCCUAACGGACACCGCUCAAAUAGCUUAGCGAGAAAAUGACCGUUUGCACAUUCCUGUAUUCUUACAGUCUGAACCCAAGUGUUUUGUUUUCACUGUCUUGUUUCAGACAAGAAAAUCUAUUAAAUGUGAAGUAGUGUACUGUGAUUCUCGUGGAGUAGUUACACACUGUAGGGGUUUGGUCUGCAGCAGAAAAAGCUGUUCUUUUAGCAGAAUUUCAAUGAUGUCUCUGUUGUGAGUGGUCUGUUUUUUACAAUAAGAGCUCAUGGAAUUGGGAUUGCAAAGAUCAUAUAAAUGGUGGUGUGUUUUAAAUUGAGGGGAGUAGAACAUUUCCAGCUGAUUUGAUAAACUGCUCGAGGCAUUGCUGGUUGUUCUACAGUAUGUGCCUUGUGAAUACUGCCAUCACGGUGACUACUUGUUGUUUCUAACCACCUGUUGUUUCUACUGAUGAUCAUUUUAAAACACGUCGGUAAUAUGUGUGAAAUUGAACUUUGAUGUUUGCAAGUCACGCAGUGUCUGCUACCCACUCUCUUCAAAUUAUAGAAAUCAAAUACAACCUUGUGAAGGUUCUUUUAUCAAAAGCAAAGAAACACUACAAUGUGAGACAGAGUAGACUGUCGUGUUGCUUCAAAAUGUCAACUUUGUGCAAAAAAUGCAUUUGACGAACUCAAAUGUGGUGUAAUAUGUGGCUUCUCUUAAAAGGGGUUAUUAUUAUUUUUUAAUGGGGAGACAAACGAUUACAAAUGUAUGCUACUGGAUGGUGUGUAGCCAGUUGAGCUCUAAUAAACCCACUGUACACUAUCUGCUCAGCACCAAAUGGCAGAGCAUUUAGCCGCAAAAGAGACAGCUGGUGGAGACCAGCUGGUGGAGUCCCCUAAGUUAAAGUACCAUGUUUGUUUGACCCAUCAAACCUACCCUCCAUCUGCUAAUAAGGAAGCAGGUGGGAUUACUUGAGAGUUAGUUGAAAACAGACUCUAUAAGCGCCUCGAUGUGUUGGUUUCAGACCCUGAGGGCCACUGACCUAGCGGGGGUAUGUGAUGAGUCUGGCAUGAGACCGGUUUGGAGAGGGUAACAGGCCAUUUUCCAGUGCUCGAAAAUCCAUUCACCAUAUUUGAAUUGGGUUUGAGGCAAAUGAAAACGAUCCUAACAAUAAGCCUGAAAUGAAAUACUGUGCAAAUUCAAAGGUGUGGGCUAUUCCCGUGGUAGCAGCUACUGUUUAGCUAUCGUAAUUUGAGCAUGAUAUUAAAAGGGGUGUCCGACACCUUUUAAACAUGGACUUCCUUUUUGACCCUCCACCUUGUUCCACCACGGCUUCACAAAACAGCAGAUUCACAGAGGAAUGGAUCCUUAUCGGUUCAGACAGUAAGGGAGUUUGAGCUCGGCGACGAGGCCCGAGUCAGCCCAGAUUAGUGUCACAGAAGUCUGAAGGAGGGUUGCCAGCUCGCCCCAACCCCACCAUGACCCACAUUGCGUCCACCCUCUGAUUGUUUUAUAUGUGUGUGGAAUCAUUUCCAAGGUGUUGAGAGUCUCGGUAAAGUCUCCAUGGCUUUGUCUGAAUAGUACCUUCUCAUAUGUUGUCUGUUCUAUUAAAAGCAGGAUGAAUCUUAAGUGGAGCGGUCGAUGUAAA